GUUGAGCAAAGCGUUGACGAUUUGAUUUUCGCGCGUACAGACUAAAGCUUUAUGCAUAUACGGGCACAUAGUCAGUGAAUUCUGAUUGGUUAAUUGUGAUUUAUGCAAGUCUAUUGGAUAGACCCUCACAUUUUAAAAUUGUUCAAUUUUACUAUAGGACGCACAAAUUAUGCGGUCUGUUCUUUAUAGCUGAAUUGGUUGCACUAGUACAGAGUUUAUCUUUUUCUCUCCAUAUUAGAAAGAGAAAGAUAAGCUCUGAACUAAUGCAGUCAGUUCAGCUAUUCCUCGAAGUCCUAUCUCGUCAUGAUUUUUCCGCGCCUGCUCCCAUUCAUCGGAUUAAUUCAAACUUGCGUGUACCUUAUAAUUGGCGGCAAUCUAUAAAUAAAGAGCGAUCUGCUAGAAUGGAAAGCGAGAGAUAUUUAUCGACCGAUCGUAAAUGGGAAUCUUAUCUAACGCAUAGUGUCAUCCUCGUCGUCAUAUUUGUGAUUCCCGUUGCAUGUAAAGCGAAGAAAGAUGGAGUGAUAACGUCAUUGAUAGCGACGUGUCUCGUUACAUCCGUAUUCCUCGUGAUUUUUCUAUUUUGCGAUCUAAUAUUGCGUCUGUGUCAAACGCUGAUCUCGUUGACAAACAUGGAUCAACAGCAUGGACGAAGUUUCUCGUCGAUAGUAAGUCAUUACUUCGCCCUGAACACCGCAUCGGCAGCGGUCUUUGUCAUCGGCGUGUUUUUAUUUCUGAUCGCAUCAACGAUGAUUGUUCGAGGAUGCCCAUUGCAUCACGUAUGGGAUUUCGGUCCCUAUUUCUGUGUGCCAUUGAUCAUGUUUUCCUUCUAUUUGCUGAGGAUAACGGAUCUAGCCGAGUGGGAGAGGUUUUUCGAUCUCGGCUCUAUGAAAGGUCUGGAUUAUGGCACGGGUAUGGCCUACAGUUUCUACUACGGUUACUUGCGAUUGAUUCUACCGAAUCGCGGUACCACUGAUAGCAAGAGUAUUAUCGAAAAGAUUGAAAAUUUCGAAGACAAACACGGUGUAACUUUCCCGGUGCAUAAGUUAUUUAUCUUGAUAUCUUCGUCGGGAUAUAUGCCACCAAACUUGAAGGAGGUGUCAGAUCAAUGGAUGGAGAAUGCACACGAAUUGGAAGAAGAGAAACGCGAUCGUGCUGGUACAAUAGGAAGAACGUAUCGCAACAAUGCUUACAAGAUAUAUCCCAAUGGAAGAAACUCUGGUGCUAGUCCAGUAUAUGUAGUGGUGGAAGGUGCAACACCAUUGUUGACGUUCUACGAAGUACAAAAGCACAGUCAUCCAGAAUCCCCUAUCUACAAGCAAUAUAAAAAUGACAUUACCAUGAUGUUUUAUAAGAAACUGCGAGAAAUUUUACAAAAUGAACCAAAUACAAGAAAUAUGUGCGAAUUAAUUUAUUAUGAUGAUUACGAUUUGGAAGGAGCUAAAGUUAAUAUUGCAAAGGUAAUCUUACAAAGAAUAUCUGAAAUAACAAGUUCCACAUAAGUAUUAAAAUAAGUUGAACUAUAUAAAUAUAUCUUGUUCUUCUUUUGUGAUAAAUUUUAGAGGAGACUUUUAUAUAUAUAUAUAUAUAUAUAUAUAUAUAUAUAUAUAUAUAUAUUUUUUAUGCAAUUAGAGUAACUAUAAGAAGAAUAUACUUAAGAAGAGAAUUAAUUUUAUAUAUAAUGGCCUUUUUCUUUAAUAUAAAGAGUAAUAACCAAUGAUCAAAUUUGUUGCGAACAUAUAUGAUAUACAUGUGCAAUUUGAAACUUAUGACAAUCAAUUUUUACUUUUUUAUUUCUACAAAUAAUAUAUUUUUGCUUUUUUUCAUAUUUUGCAUUUUGAAGAUAUUAAUGAAAAAUAUGUAAUUGCGAAAUUAUAACUUUUAAAAUAUAUUUAUAUAAUAAUUUUCUUUUAUAAAUUGGGAUUAUGAGAGUCCAAGAUACAUGAUACAAUUUUUUUUCUAUAUAAUUUAAAAAUAACUUAAUUAGGAUUUUAUUCAAAUAUUAAUUUUUAUACAUGCAUGUGAUUUGAUUAGAA